CCGCAUUUUCCAAGUGAAACCGAAAUGUAGUUCGUCUGGGUGUUUCGGGGAAGUCCGUGUGUGCUCGGUGUCUGUUGGUGACACCAAACCCGUACAAGCGGUCUGAUUAUUCAUCGAGCGAAGAAAACAUGUCUAACGUUUCGACAAUUUACAAGAUCUCUGUAAUCGCCUUUGCAUUGUUCGUCGGUGCCUCUAGUUCAGGAUGUUCGGUGUUGGAGUGCUGGUUUGUGCAGGAGAAGCCAGGCCGUGGAGGGGGCUUCUCCGCUGCAAUGAGCCAAGAGAAGUCCAUGAUCUAUGUCAGAACAGACCCAGAUAGUCAGAAGACCCAACAGAAACCUCCAUCAGAUGUCGAUCCCUCCAGGAUUUACCACGUCAUAGACCCUGCUGCCACUUUCUGCAGCCCUGCUCUCCAGCCGCCUGAAGGCUCUCUAACCAGACCUCAAUGUGAGAUAAACCCAUUCACUCCUCAAGCAUCUAUGGUAAAAUGGGCUGCAGCACUCACUGAGACAGCCCAGAGCCCCACCUACCUGGAUGCUGAUUGGUUUUCUGUAGCGGCACAGGGCCUUGAUGGACAGCUAACACUGUCCAAUGUGAUGCGAGCAUCAUCUGCUUCUAGGGAACCAAGUGUAAUCCUCAGUGUCUCCAGUAAAACUGCCUCAAUCCGUGCUAGACUUGGGCAGCCCGUUCUUUUAGAUUGUGGGUUCUGGGUAGACCCAUCCUCCCCACUUCAUGGUUCUGGCUUUGCUGUGGAGUGGCGCUACCAGUUCCGGGGUGAAGGGAGGCUGGUUAUAGCCUAUGACGGCAAGACUGAUCGCUUUGCUGACACGUUGGAGACAGGUGCCGAUUUGGACAUCACCUCCCUUUAUAAGUCAGGAAACGCAUCUCUGGUACUGGAAGAGGCUCAAGUAAGGCAUUCUGGGACCUAUAUCUGCACCGUUUACCUACCACACCUUCUGGCUCAGGUGGCCAUGGAACUGGAGAUAGUUGAGCCUCCAUCUCUUGCCAUCUAUCCGUCCCCCCUUCCCCUCUCUGCACCUGGGCAAGUGGUGUCAGUUCACUGUGAGGCUUCUGGAUUUUCGCCUCUUUCUCUGAACCUGGGCUGGGAAUUCACGGGAGCUGAUGGUAAAAGGCGAUCCCUUGGACAAGGCAGUGUGACAGGUCACAGGCAGGCCACUGAUGGUACCUACAGCCAGAGCACUCGUCUAGAGCUGUCUUCCACCAAGCUGGGUCUUGGCCGUGGUGGUGAGGUCACCUGCGUGGCCAAUCACCAAGGAGGAUCUAGACGCGCUAGUGUGACACUGAACAUCAUUGGCGUCAGUGCUCCUUCCAUAGAGGACUCCAUGGCAAUGGUUGCUGUGGCACUUGUUCUGUAUGGUGUGAUAAAGGUUUUUUUCUGGACCUUCAAAUCUACAGUAGAAACCAACAAAUCAGAUCCAAACGAUAAGAAGGACAAAUAAUCAUGAUGCUCAAAAUUCCUGGACAUCCUGAUCUGCAGAUACUGAAUCCUUACACAAAAUUAUUGUCAUAUUCUGUAUUUUUCCCUAAAUGCUGUUACAGCCUCCUGUUCUGUCUUAGAUCUACAGUGCCUGAAGCUCCUUUUAAAUCACUAUUAAAGCACAAUUUGCAAUAUUUUCCAAUUUUGUAGGAUUUACAGUUGUAAGCGGCUAGGUCUACGUUUCAUUAACCACUGCUGUUUUAAGUGUGUUUUCUUCAUUGCAUUUGCUUCAGUUGCUGUCCUGUUUACUGUUUGGUGUUUCUUUAUGACAUUUAAAUACUUAUACAUAGAAAUUCUGUUUUCCCAUUAGUUCAAUUUUAAUUUGCUUUAAUUUAAUUAGAAUUUUUAUGGUUCAGGGUUGUAAAGUACAUUGAGCUGUUCCGGGUCUAACUGCUGUGUAAAUAAUGGUACUGUUCUAGGAUUAUUUACUAUCUUUUCUUUCAUCUGCUCAGCAAAACCCUCAUGAUUGUACACAUUCUAAUUUGACUUGCAUUUACCUGUUCAUUUGGUUUGAAAUGUAUGUGGAUGUGUUCUAUUCUUAACGAAAGCAAAUCUGGUUGUAAUGCACAAAUUCAAAAUAAAAAUAUAUGUACAUAUUUGUGUUAGUCUUUAAUGCUUUUGUGUUAUGUACAACCCCAAUUCCAAUGAAGUUGGCACGUUGUGUAAAACAUAAAUAAAAACAGAAUACGAUGA